AAUUAACACCAAUAAUGACAUGCCAAGUUUUUGCUGGAAAGUUUCGCGAACGCAACACUACUAUACUAUUCCGUAAUCCUCCCAAUUAGCUCAUCCUGUGGGCACAAAACACUGUAACACGUGAAGUCGUUGCUCAUCUUCAUCAUCGAAGAGAGUUUGAUCUAUGAUCAAUAGCCCCCACAGAACAGAACCGUCUAGAAUCUGAGCCUGAGCGUGAUCGAAAUGGAAGCGCUUGGCUCUUCUGCCAAUCUCUCCUCGUCUUCUUCUCCAUCCUCAAUCUUCUCCCCAAAGAGAACCGACUCACCAAGACUCGUCCGCUUCCCCUUCCCCUUCCCCAUCUCUUCCAAAAAGGAAGGUAACGAUUCCGAUCUCCAAUCCGACUCCAAAGCCAAAGAUUCCAGCUUAGUCCCUCUCUUCCACAAUCACACUCUCUCCAAGGAUGCGGCGAUGGGAUUGGUGUUGAGCGCGGCGUCUGUGAGAGGAUGGACGACCGGGUCGGGUAUGGAGGGUCCGUCGGUUCCAGCGGGAGCCGCCGAGAGUGAAUCAGGUACGGAGAGGAUAUCGACCUUCCCGUGGUCUCUCUUCACCAAGUCACCACGUAGGCGUAUGCGCGUUGCCUUCACUUGUAACGUUUGUGGGCAGAGAACCACUCGUGCUAUCAAUCCCCACGCUUACACUGACGGCACCGUUUUCGUUCAGUGCUGUGGAUGUAAUGUAUUUCAUAAGCUGGUGGAUAAUUUGAACUUGUUUCAUGAGAUGAAGUGCUAUGUGAACCCGGACUUCAAUUAUCGAGAUUCUAAUGGGGAUUUGGGCUUCAAUUACCUUGAUAUAGAUGAUGAUGAUCAUCAUCAUCGUAACGAUGCCUUCCCGAUUUAAUGAGGUGAAAUGAUAAUGAGAGUGGUGUAAAUAUUUGUGUCACAUUUGUGAAUAUUUUGUUGUACAUAUAUAUAUAUAUAUAUU